AUGUUUACAGGCGGAAAGAGCUUCGUCUCUUCACCGCCGGCGUUCUCUAACGACGCCAAGCGGCUCCUCUUGUGCACCGGAAACAAAGUAUCCAUUUUCAGCACCUCCACUGGCCUGCAGACGAGUGAAUUAGAUGGCCACGAGGCGCAGGUGACAUCGGUAAUAGUAGUCCCGGCUACUUCACCGGCGAGUAAACUUUUGUGCUACUGUUGGACGUCUUCCCUUGAUGGGAAGAUCAAGUACUGGGAUUUUGCUGCCCCUGAAUUGAUGAGGACUAUCGAUAUUCGAUUACCCAUUCACUCUAUGGUGAUUCCAAGUUUAUUAAGCCACACAGCUGAAAGAGAUAAGAAGGUUCCUGAUCUUUACGCCUAUAUUUACACUGAAGAUGUGAAACAGAAGGAAGAGCAAUCCAAAUCUUUAUGUGGACAAAUUCGGAAAUGUAAUCUAACAAAGUCUCGCUUAAUUGGUGGAGUUACCUUGGCUGAGACUAGGAGUCCUGGCGCAUUAACCAUUAGCCCCACUGGAAAAUACAUCGGCAUACAUGAAAAACGCAAGCUUCGAAUAUGGGAGAUCCCAGCCAAAGAUUCUGACAGUGUUGGUUACAAGAAAGUAAGGUUACAUCAUACAAAAGUAAUUACGGCUCUAGCUUUCCAUCCUACUGAGAGGGUGGUAGCAGCAGGUGACGUAACAGGGAGGAUCUUAAUAUGGAGAGGUGUCGGGCGUGGAACUUUUGGUAGUGAUGAUAAAUCAGUCAAUGGAAAGUCAAACAAAAAUGCUGAAGACAGGCCUGGAGUGAGGGAUGACGAUGAUGCGGAUUCUUGUACCACUUGGCAUUGGCAUUCUGCACAAGUGAAUGUUCUCUUCUUCUCUUCAGAUGGUGCAUAUUUGUACUCAGGUGGGAAAGAGGGAGUACUGGUUGUUUGGCAGUUAGAUACUGGAAAAAGGAAGUUUCUUCCGCGCAUUGGAUCUCCUCUUCUAUAUUUCGUCAGUUCUCCAGAUCCCUCAAUGUCCACAAUAUCCUGUGCAGAUAACCGAAUUCUGUUUCUUAGAAUGCCAACAAUGGAGAUAUUGAGGUCCAUUUCAGGGAUUAAGCUUCGAAGUUCACAAAUGGAGAUGUAUGAUGGUUUUGGCUCGAAUAUCGUCUUCAAUAACACUUGUGGGUUGAUUGCAGUACCCACGGAGAACUACCGUGUUCAGUUUUAUGAUUUGCUUAGUGACCGUGCAAUUUCAGAGGUUCAAAUCUAUGAGAGAAAUUAUCAGCCAGGUGAUGAAAUCACGGUAAAAGUGAACUUGGUAGCUCUUUCACCUGAUGGUUCUACCAUGAGCACUGUUGAAACUAGAUUCCCUGAAGAUGGAAUUGGCAGCCUUGUGAGUCUAAAAUUUUGGGCAUGUGGCUCCCGGAACAAACAAAUCAGAUUGUCUACUGUGAUAUAUGAACCCCACAGGGAUGCUGGAAUCUCAUCCAUUGCCUUCCGUCCAACUAGUCACAUGGCUGUUAGUACCUCUUAUGGCGGCGAUUUCAAGCCAAUUAUAAACCUUUCCUUUGUUGGAAAGUCGGAGUACCUUGUGUCUGUGUCACGAGGUUCAAACCCGAGGUUGAAUAUGUGGAGUAUGUCGAAGUUGUGUACAACUUGGUCCUACAGGCUUGAUACUGAAGCUAUUGCUUGUUCAAUGGAUAAUUCCACCUUUGCUGUUCUUGUUCUCUUGAGUUUGUCAAGGCACAUGGCAUCUGCUGAAAUCAAAUCAACGGGGGAAGAUGGCAUGAUCUUGCUGUUCAAUGCAGAAAACCCAGUGCCUUUGUUGACGUGGUUUGUGAGCAAGGCCCGGUGUGGAAGACUUGGUUUUGUCCAGUUGAGUAGCCAAUUGGAUGAUAAGGUUGCUAAAACAGAAGCAGCAAACGAAGUACUUGCUUAUGUUAAUGGUGCUAAUGAGUAUGUUCUCUUGAACCCAAAUGGUGACCUGACGAGCCAGCUCAGCAUUUCUUGUCAGCAGAAUUUCAGUAGCCUUGAGGAAACGGAAACAUUUGGAUAUGCAUCAAUAUACGGUGAACUACCAGAAUUCAGCUUGAAAACAAAUGAAACUCCAUUCCCAUCUGUGCCAUCUGAUGGAACCUGGAAGACAAUAUUCAGCGGACCAUCUCACAGUCUUCCUUCUCUCCCCAAGUUGUGUUUGGAUUUUCUUGAAUCAUUGCUCGAGAGGAGGUCCGCUAUUGCCUGA